CAGUUACUUCGUAUUCGUUCAAAGGAGGGCAUGAUUAGAGUCCAAGUCGAUCCAAAGGACACAUUCGCUACACUGGGUCAAAAAGUAUUACCUUUCACUACUCAUCAUAAACUCUCAAAACAUGGCAGUAUGCUCUUCGUGUCUUACAAAGAAUCAUCACCUCCAUCCACAACCUCUACAACUACUACGACUGCUACGACAACUACUGCAAAAGACAGUACACCGACAACGGGCAGCGACGCAGUUAAACAGGACGAUAUCGACAACUUUUUAGAGAAGGAGCGAGGAUUGAUUAAACGUUCCAAGGAUACCAAGUUUUGCCGUCAUGGUGCUCAUGCAAUGUGUGAUUAUUGCAUGCCUCUCGAGCCAUACGAUGCAGGUUAUUUGGAAGAAAACAAAAUCAAGCACAUGUCGUUCCACUCGUACUUGCGUAAAAUAGAUGCUGCGCAACAAACAAAAGCCCCUUCAGCAACAACACAGCAAAAGUUGCCACUUCUAGAAGAGGCCCAUUACACUGUCAAGGUACCUUGUACAGGUGCCCACGCUGCGUGGCCCGAGGGUAUCUGCACAAAAUGUCAACCGAGUGCAAUCACACUGCAACGCCAGACCUACCGUAUGGUAGAUCAUGUAGAGUUUUCAUCGGCUUCUGUUGUAGAUAACUUUUUGAAUGCGUGGAGAAAAUCUGGGUGCCAGCGGUUUGGCUACCUAUAUGGCCGCUACGAACCCUAUCUGGAUGUUCCUCUGGGUAUCAAGGCAGUUGUUGAGGCUAUUGUAGAGCCUACUCAAGAAGACCACGUGGAUGGUAUUUCUGUUGCCAUGCCAUGGGCUGAGGAAGAGCAAGUGAAUAAGGUAGCUGCUGCGUGUGGACUUGUCCAGGUAGGAAUGGUGUUUACGGAUCUGGUUGAUGAUGGUUCUGGUACAGGAAAGGUACUUGUCAAGCGUCAUGGUGACUCGUACUUUUUGUCAUCCCAAGAAUGUUUGUUUGCAGCAGAGAUGCAACGCCGUCAUCCCAAUAUAACCCGGCAGUCAGCUACUGGGCACUUUGGGUCCAAAUUUGUGAGUUGUGUGAUUUCAGGGGACUUGGAAGGAAAUGUGGAUGUUUCGGCAUACCAGGUUUCCAAUAGUCUGGUUGCAAUGCACGAAGCCGGAAUUGUGGAGGCUAGUCGCAAACCAUCAGUUAUGCGUGUCAAGGAAUCCAUUCCUCAUGAGCGAUAUGUGCCUGAAGUGUUUUACAAGUAUAAAAACAAGUAUAAUGUGGUUGUUAAGGAGUCUGCCAAGCCUACCUUCCCGGUGGAAUAUCUCCUUGUCAAUGUUACACAUGGAUUCCCUCAGAUCCCUUCACCAUUAUUCCAAGCUUCUGGGUGGAAUGAGCUGGCCGGAGGACAGUCAAAGACGGCUGCACUGGCUAAAUACUUGUCAAAAACAGAUGGAGAUCUUGCCCAGAGUCUGAAUGAUUUCAAUGUAUUGUGUGCCAUUAAAUCGACUAAUGUGCUGAGUGAUGAGGAGUUUGGGCUAUUGUGUUCAAUUGCAACCCAACCUGGCCAAAGUACAUUCGAGUUAGAACACACUUCUGGUUGGAAAACACUGAAAAUGUCUCUUGGAGAACCAGGUAAGAAGAAAGAAAAUAAAUGA